CAUUCCAUCAGUUGAGGAGGUGCUGGUGGAGAAGGAGAGAGAGAUGGUGCGGCGGGUGCAGUCUGCCCGAGAGGACGAGCUCCACAAGAUGGCCAUCCUGCACGAGGAGAAGCUGGAGCUGGAGAACCGCCUGUCAGAGCUGGAGCAGCAGAGGGCGCUGCAGGACACUGCUGGCCACGCCCACUGCGAGGAGUGGGAGGAGCGUCUCCGUGGCACCCAGCUGGGGGAGGAGUCGGCUCGCAAAGAACUACCAAAACCUCAGGACCAAGCUGCUCCAGCAGACCGCCCACCUGGAAGAGCUGGAGAGGAGGAAGGAGGAGCUGGGCGACCUCCGACGGCAGAACCAGGAGCUGGGGGUGCGGCUAGGGACCCUGGUGCACACGGAGGGGGGGCUGCAGGCCUCCAACCAGCGCCUCAAAGACGCCCAGGACGUCCUCCGGGAGGAGGACCUUCCCAGAAGAAGCGGAAGGCGCAGACGGAGAACAAGGAGAAGCGGCUGCACAAUAAGAUCCAUCAGCUGGAGGCCAGGAUAGCAGAGCUGGAGCUGGAGAGCAGCACAGCCAAGAGGCGUCCCUCCCACUCUGAGGAACAAACCAAUCUCAACCGGCGGCUCAAGGAACUCCAGCGACGACACAGCGAGUUCCGCCACCUCCUAUUGGGCCACCAGGCUCCCACUGGCACAGGCCCCGCCUUCCUUCCCUCCUCGCUCUUCGCCCCGCCGCCCUCAGCCCAGGUCACGGAGGAGCAUCACCUGCGGGAGGUGUCCCAGCUCUACGGCCGGCUGGAGGAGCUGGAGAGCGUCCAGCUCCACCAGCUGGAGGAGCUGGGGGCACCCGCUCAGAGGGACCAGGCCGUCUCCGGACAGUGCUGACCGCCGACCCCCCUGUCGCCUGAAGCCCUUUGACGCCCGACCUCACCGCCUCAAGGCCACGCCCCCUGGCCCCCCUCCCACACUUGACCGCUGUCCCCCUUUCGCCUGAAGCCCUUUGACGUCCGACCUCACCGCCUCAAGGCCACGCCCCUUAACCCCCCUCCCACACUUGACCGCUGUCCCCCUGUCGCCUGAAGCCCUUCGACGCUCGACCUCACCGCCUCAAGGCCACGCCCCCUAACCCCCCCCCCCCCCCACACACUUGACCUCUGACCCUUUCGCCUGAACCCCUGAACUUCCCCCCUUUGACUUUCGACCUCAACGCCUUAGGGCUAAACCCCCUGACCCCCCCCCCCCUCCAUAUUCGACCUUUGACCUCUGGUACCCUGACCUCCAUGCCCACCGUCUCCUAACCUUGUGACCUCUCUGAACACCCACAGACAGAGAGUAUAACCAGCAUCAGUUUCAUUCUGAACCCCCAAAUCUUCCCCAGUAUAAAGAGACUGGCCCCAGGAUUAAUGGCAAUAGAUUAUGAAUUGAUUGUUCUGGUUCAAAUGAAUCAAUGAGUUCAACAGUGUUACUGUAAAAAAAA